AUGGUAUGGAAAACGAAAAUAUGGAAAUCAAAUCCAACGUUGUUGCCUAUAUAUGCUCAGAUCCGGAAGAUAUCAGCAGACAUUGCUGCAAUCAAGUUUCAAAAGAUGAUUGUUGUGUUGUGUAUCUUGGGCGUAAUUUUGAUGAACGAGGUCGAGGCGUAUACCGAAGACUUGUCUAUCAUUCCACUUCUUUCUUGCGCAAACAUCCUUUGCGCUCCUGGCUACAAAUGUGUUAUGCUGGUGCCUGAUGAUUGCGUUGGCUGUCGAGCUUUUCCUCGAUGUGUUCAACAAGAAUGUAACACGUCAUGUGUAUUGCCGUGUCCCGUCUUUUCCACAUGUGUGCUUGUUUCUACACCAACUGAUUGCUGCCCUAAGGCCGCUUGUCGUCCAAGGCAAAUCAUUACCAUUUCUCCUCCAACGGAUGAGACUAUUCGAUUCACAAUCGAACCUCCUAUGGUGACAGGAAUUGUGAAGCCGGGAGAUCCUGUAGAAGAGAUUCCAUGA